AUGUUCUUCAUCAACGAUCUUCAGAUCUCAUACCCAUAUGCGGUUCAUGAGCGUGUUCCUGUCUUCAUGAACUUUGUAUACGCUCUGUUCAUACCACUAGGAGUUCUCAUCGCCUUCAACAUAGUCACAAGAGCCUCGGCUGCAAAGCACGAAGUCACCUACCUUUCGUUCCUCAUCUCUAUUGUACUUACUUCCUUCAUCACUGACAUCAUCAAGAACGCCGUUGGUAGACCUCGCCCUGACUUGCUUGACCGUUGCCAGCCCGCAGUUGGUACCAAAGCCAACACCCUCGUCACCAUAGAUGUGUGCACGAGGGAAGAUGGUCAUAUUCUUCAAGAGGGCUGGCGGUCAUUUCCUUCUGGCCACUCAUCCUUUUCGUUUGCCGGCCUAGGAUUUCUCAGUCUCUUCCUUGCCGGACAGCUCCACGUUUUCCGCUACUCAGCCGGCGGCCGUGAUCUGAGUCGCGCUUUGGUCUGCCUUCUGCCACUCAUCGGAGCAGGUCUCGUCGCCAUUUCCCGAUGUGAGGAUUACCGCCACGAUGUUUACGAUGUCUGCGUGGGCUCAGCUCUAGGCAUGAGCAUUGCAUACUGGAGUUACAGACGUCACUGGCCUCGACUAUCCAGCCAAAAGUGCGACGAGCCUUAUCCUCGACCAGGAGUCGACACACAACCCGGUUGGCAACGCAUUACCGAUGAUGAGGAGGCAGCAAGAGGGACAGAUGUAGGAUUUGAGAUGGACAACUUGAGUGGUUCGCGACGCUGA